AUGGCUAACUCUACCGGUAUUCUUGCCACAUGUAAUGAAACGAAUGGAGAAGUUACCUGCAGCAAUACUCCUAUCGGUUCCCUGCUGUCCCCUGUUGCAGCAUCUACAGUGCCGAUUCCUCAGUCUUCUUUUCUUCCUUUACGUCUUGACUGUCUUGACAGUCUGGUAGACUAUCUUUGGGAUGUGAAUUUGAUUGAAGUGUUGGUCGCCUGGCUCACACACCAAGGUGCUAUAUCCAGGCGCAAUCGCCUAAUUGGUGAGUUGUUAGAAUGUGUAAACAUUUUUUGA